AUCCUUUGCCGGCCUCGGAUCUUUAGUUGGUCGACUAGACAUUCCUUUCACUUACCAACAACCUUAUAUCUCGAUAUCUGUCAUCUCUCCGACUAUACUUUUGACAGCAUCAGCCUCUCUUUUACAUACGACAUAUUCACGACACUCCGCUUUACAACCUAGGUGGUAACAGCCUAGACACUAUUCAGCAUCCUCACUCGUCACUAUCAAGAAGACACUCUGAAAGAACGUCACUAUGGUCCGGUUUUCUGUCGCCGCUGCCUUCCUCCUCUCUGCCCUAGGCGUCACUGCCGCUCCGGCGAGGGGGAGACAUGACCACCAGAACACCCAGAACACUGGCACCACCGCUGGUACCGCCGCCGGUGUCCCCAUCUCCAACUUUCAGAUCAACAACAUCAUCCCCGGGCGCUACAUUGUCGUCUACAACAACACCUUUGGCGAAGAGGCCAUCAGUGCCCAUCAGACCAAGAUCACCUCUCUGGUGGCCAAGCGCAACCUGGGCAAGCGCGACGCGAAGACCGGCAGAGUCUUGUCCAACAGCGUCAAGUCCUUCAAGCUGGGCACAUGGCGUGCCAUGGCUCUCGACGCCGAUGAUGACAUGAUCAACGACAUCCACUCCGCCCAGGAGGUCGAGUACAUCGAGGCGGAUCAGUACGUCAAGCUCAACGCCCUCACCUCGCAGAACUCGACCACCACCGGCCUGGCCCGCCUCAGCCACGCCACCGCCAGCAGGCAGGCGGCCUCCUAUGUCUUCGACUCUACCGCUGGCGAGGGCAUCACCGCCUUCGUCGUUGACACCGGUAUCCGCGUCACCCACUCCGAGUACGAAGGCCGCGCCACCUUCGCCGCCAACUUUGUCAACAACGUGGACACCGAUGAGAACGGCCACGGUUCGCACGUCGCCGGCACCAUCGCCGGCGCCACCUUUGGUGUCGCCAAGAAGGCCAAACUGGUUGCCGUCAAGGUCCUCGACGCCGACGGCUCCGGCUCCAACUCGGGCGUUCUCCAGGGCAUGCAGUUCGUCGCCGACACCGCCACCUCUCAGAAGCUCGGCGGCAAGGCCGUCAUGAACAUGUCUCUCGGCGGCGGCAAAUCGAAAGCCAUCAACAGCGCCAUCAACCAGAUCGCUGCCGCGGGCGUCGUCCCCGUCGUUGCCGCCGGCAACGAGAACCAGGACACUGCCAACACGUCGCCCGGUUCGGCCCCCGCCGCCAUCACCGUCGGCGCCAUCGACCAGCGCACCGACGCCCGCGCCUCAUUCUCCAACUUUGGUACCGGCGUUGACAUCUUUGCUCCCGGCGUCAACGUCCUGUCUGUCGGCAUCAAGAGCGAUACUGCUACUGACACUCUCAGCGGUACCUCCAUGGCUAGCCCCCACGUUGCUGGUCUCGCUGCUUACCUGAUGGCUCUUGAGGGCAUCACGGAUGUGACGGCUGUUGGCAACAGGAUUAAGGAGUUGGCGCAGAAGACGGGCGCUAAGGUGUCGAACAAUGUUAAGGGGACGACAAGCUUGAUUGCUAACAAUGGCAACCUUUAAAUUCAAAGUUCGAUUGUUGGUCACUUUUCUGGUGUUGAUUGUUUGGGGAUAUAAAAACGGAGCAAGUGUUGUUCAACUGAAUGCGAUCUUUUGUUGCUGUUUACGGAAGAGUCAAGUCAAAGUGUAUAUAGCCAGCCAAGCGAGAGCAUCGU